CCACGUGUGUGCCUUAGGAAUUGGUAAAUCUGUAAGCAAAUGAGAUGGGUUCGAAUCCGGUGGAGGGUAACAAAAUGUGAAAAUGCACAUCCCAAAUAAGGCAACGCGGUUUUACAACUACUUAUCUGGAACGAACAAGGCGACACAAAUUUUGAUCACCAUCAAUCUCGAUCAUUUCGUGAUCGAAAUAUAGCGAAUGGAAUUAAAAUGAGUUGUCUACAUCGGAUUGAUAAAUAUAUUAAUUGUCAUCACGGAUGCCAUGGCGUCCAAGUUAUCAGUUUUUAAACUCCCUGGCGGGCGCAUAUUUACUCAGUUUGGAUUCGAUUCUAUAUAUUAGUAUUCUGGAUUUUGGCUUUGGAGCUCUGGUUUUUAAUAGUAAGAUUUGGUCUACUUCUCGAUAUGUUUUGGCGGACCCUGCUUCGUUUCUGUGCCGUCGUUCAUGCCGGCUUCUUGGCGCCUAUUUCUUUCCAAUGCUUUGUUUAGAGGAUUUUGCAAUUGGCGCCAUUGUUUGCUUAAAACACCCGUUAAUCUCAUAUUGUUUAUAUAAUAUUUAGGUUUGCCCGGGAUGGGUUGCAAUUGGUCACGGAGAUCUAGCAAAGAAGAGUCUCCUGCAGUUGUACCACCUGAUGUAGUACAAGGCCGACCUGUUGUAAGUUUGUUUGGAUCUGAAAUAUGCCCUUUGACAUCUCGUAUUAGGAUUGCUCUGCAAUACAAGCAAAUCCAUGUUCGGAACUUUAGCGUGAACUCUGAGAAUGAGAUUCAAAAUAAUAAGUUGGAUAUGCUUGCUACCAUAGGCCCAGAUAUGAAGUUUCCCAUCCUCAAGUCUGGGAUGGAUAUUCUUUUUGGCUCAUCUGAUGUCAUUUUGAAGUAUAUUGAGGCGAAAUUCCCUACCCCACCUCUUGUGCCUGAUGGACCUUUGGCUGAUAUUACACAAAAUUGGGUGGUUUAUGUUCGAGACAUUUUCUCGCCAUUAAUGACAGAAAUCCUUUAUGAUGGUAACAUAUUUGUGCAGAAAGAACUCCUGCUUAAGCUCGAAACAGCGUUUGCAAGAUUGAAUGGGGGAAUAAUGGAAUACAGUAACAGGGGACCUUAUUUUCUUGGUAAUCAGUUCAGUCUGGUGGAUGUAUAUCUUAUUCCAUUUCUUUAUCUGAUUUUCCCAUUGCAGCAUUUUAGAGGUGUGGAAAUCAGCUCAGAGAAUUUGCAUUUGCAGAAAUAUAGCAGGCAGAUGUUGAACUUCCCCUGUUAUUCCGUUGUUCGAGUAGACUUGGACUUGUUACAGAAAUCUGUAGCCAAAACCUUGGCUGAAAAGAGACCGCCUCCGCUUGUGAUACUGACAAUUCUGCAGCAUAAGAGUAUAUUGUGCCACAUGGAGAAGCUUGUUCGCACUGCAGAUGAUCUAGUUGCUGCCAAACAGCAGGGGUAUAGGGUUGUAGACCCCGCCAAGGGAAGUAUUGGCAUGCAAUUAAAGAAGUUGUCAAAAGGUUAUGCACAGCUUGUAGACUUGAUGCAGGAACAUGCCCAAAUGGAAGAACGAAUUAUUUUCCCUGCUCUGGAAACUGCAGAUAGAGGUAUCACUAAAGUUGCAAAUGAUGAACAUGCACGAGAUUUGCCAAUAAUGAAUGGUAUCCGUGAAGAUAUAAAAACAGUCCAUGUUCUUGAAGCUGGUAGUCCAGACCGAAGUCAAGCCCUUCUUAGGCUGUCUGUAAGGCUUAGAACUCUUGAGGUUCACUGUAUGGAACAUUUCAAGGAAGAGGAGGAAAGUCUACUUCCACUCCUAGAGGCUGCAAAUUUGGGAAAUAAAGAACAAGAAGACCUACUAGGCAGCUGUUUCACCGUGAUGGAAUUAUCACACGCAGGCCUCUUCCCGUACCUGUUGUCAGGGUUACUUCCUCAUGAAAUUCAACAGUACUUUGAGGUGGUUCUAAGGUGCAAGGAAAAACAUAAAAUCAUGCAAAUGAUUCAGUCGCUUCAGCUGCCCAAUGAUGAAUCUAGAGCUGCUCUAGGCAUAGUUCAAAACAGGAUUCCCAGUCUUGAAGAAUUUGAUAGUAGUGCAUAAGGAUGUUGUGCUUAAAAACCAAUAUUUGCUGGGUUGCUUAUAUUUAUGUACUUCGUCGACCAGGGUCUCAGGGCAAGUCCACUUAUAAUUGGCUGAGAAGCUGCUUUGAACCACCAAACUCUAUUGUAAUGAGUGCUCUAAACUGUGGAAGUGUACAGUAAGUUAAGAUUGACUGUAUUUUGGUGAGUUAUAGAGGUUCUCUAAUUUUCCUCAAUUAGGUUGAGGACGUGACAGAUUUUCAUUUCAUCCCAGGUUCAGAUUUUAUAGACAAAGCAGCAGAUAGUUAAUAAACGAGGUCCUAAACAAGUGCAAUUCACGCACUUGGCAACCAUAUUGCAGAUUUAGGGUUCAUUAUGAUUAAGGAACUUCAACCAUCAAUGAUCUUUGAUGUGUCAAUCCUUUGUGAUUUUCACCUCACCUGGUAUUUAUAAUUCUGAGCUUGCAUAACAUCAUCUUUCUGAUAUUGUCGAUGUACUUUUUCACCUCAACUGUCCAUGUACUUUUGUGAUCUUGUCAAUGUAUUUAUACAACUGUUACAUAAAGCUUCAGCUUCUUAUUCUCU